AUGGGGUCGCUGUUCCGUUCAGAGGAUAUGCAACUCUCUCAACUCAUCUUGCAUACUGAUUCAGCCUAUAUGUGCAUUGCCCAAUUGGGAGAACUGGGUGUUGUUCAGAUUCGCGAUACGACUCCCGAUGUUAAUGCCUUUCAGCGCAAAUUUGUUGAUGAGGUGCGUCGUUGUGAUGAAAUGGAACGGAAGUUGCGUUAUAUUGAGAAUGAGCUGCAAAAGGACGAUUUUCCUAUUUUCGAACCCGAUGAAGUUCCAGAGGCACCGCCCCCAAGAGAAAUGUUGGACCUUGAAUCUAACUUAGAUAAACUUGAAAACGAGCUUAGAGAGGUGAAUUUCAGUCUCGAGCAAAUGAAGAAGUCUUUCAUGGAAUUAACUGAGCUAAAGAUGGUCCUUCGUCGCGCCCAACUGUUUUUCGAAGAGGGUUCGUAUGAGGUCAAUGUGAAUCUCGGUAGUGGAGACGAGAUGCUUGUGGAGGUUUCAGAAUCUCAGGGAUCGAGAGACCUACGUUCUGGCUACAUUGAAAUGGUCCCUCAAUCGGAUGAUUUCGGCGUUGGUUUUCGUCAAGGUCAUGCUACAUCUACAACGUACAGCAGUCACCAUGUUGAAUUCGUUGCCGGCGUAAUUAUCCGGGAGCGAACCGUGCCUUUUGAAAGGAUGCUCUGGCGGGCUUGUCGUGGAAACGUCUUUCUCCGAUACGCUGAUCUCGAAAGCAUCGAGGACCCUGCUACAGGUGAAUUGCUGAACAAGUGCAUGUUCAUCGUUUUCUUUCAAGGGCCACAGCUUCGAUCACGUGUGGAGAACAUUUGUGACGGUUUUCAUGCGACUCUCUACGCCUGUCCUGAUACUCAGGAGAAACGUCAAGCGAUGCUACUAGAUGUCACCAGUCGUCGGGAGGACCUCCAAGUGGUGCUUAAUCGUACCUCGGAGCACCGAGCGCGCGUAUUGGAGACUGCCGCACAGAGCUUGCGCGAGUGGUUUUACAAGGUGUAUAAGAUGAAGUCGGUGUACCAUGCCCUGAACCUCUUCAAUCUCGACGUUACUACCAAAUGCAUGGUAGGCGAGUGCUGGUCUGCCGUCUCAGACCUAGACGCCGUGCAAAUUGCCCUACGACGCGGCAUGGAACUCUCUAACUCCAGCCUUCAGCCCAUUCUCAACCGACUUCAUACUACUGAAAAACCUCCAACCUUUCAUCGCGUAAAUAAGUUCACAGGCGCUUUCCAGAACAUUGUCGAUGCUUAUGGUGUAGCAAAGUACCGGGAGGUGAAUCCGGCUCUUUUCACUGUUAUUACUUUCCCCUUCUUAUUCGCUGUGAUGUUUGGUGAUGCUGGCCACGGUGCCAUCAUGUUUCUAAUGGGACUCUUCUUGGUUUUCUUGGAAAAAGGAUUUGCUACGAAGAAAAUAAAGGGUGAGCUCUGGGACACGUUUUUCGGUGGUCGGUACAUAAUCCUCUUAAUGGGUCUCUUCUCAAUCUAUACGGGUCUGGUCUACAAUGACAUCUUCUCGAAGGCUGCAAAUAUUUUCGGUUCGUCGUGGUUUCCACUCUUCGACAAUCGCACCUUAGAGGGCGGCGAAUCCCUGCAGCUGAACCCCGACACGCACAUUGGCGGAGGUUCUGCACCAGUAGGCAUGUUCGCAGGUUUCCCCUACUCCUUUGGUUUGGAUCCUGUAUGGCAGGUCUCUCACAACGUGAUCAUGUUCACCAACUCACUCAAAAUGAAAUUGUCCAUCAUCCUUGGCGUGUUACAUAUGCUUUUUGGUAUCCUCCUCGGCGCGUUCAAUUACAAGUACGUAUCUUCAUAUUUAUUCUUCAAGAAUUCUCUAUCGAUCUACUGCGAUUUGAUUCCUGAAGUCCUUUUUAUGCUCUCUAUCUUCGGCUAUCUGGUAUUCAUGAUCUUUUACAAAUGGAUCGUUUUUUGCUCAAAGGAUGCUUCGACGGCUCCAAGCCUUCUUAUUUCCCUCAUAAAUAUGAUGAAGUUUGACUACGAAAAAAAGGAUGACACGCAGCUUCUCUACAAUGGACAGGUGUCCUUUGAAAUUUCCUUUUUACAAGUGGAACUAGCUAUCAUUAAUCACGAUCGAUUCUGUCUGCAGCAAAUAGUCCAAAGCAUCUUGGUUGUGGUGGCCCUGCUCUGCAUACCCUGGAUGCUUUUAGCAAAACCCCUCAUCCUCUAUCGGCGUUACAAAGUUCGCAGGACCUUGGACACAAUUCGGGCAGCUAGAUUUGGUGAUUUGAGCAACACGGACGAUCCUGAGGCGGGAGUUGGGACAAACGAUCAAAUGCCCUUUCGCAACAAUGUCUCGCCCUCCGAUUCUGAGGUUCCACAAUCUGGCAUCGGACACGGCGAUUCAGAGGAGUUUGUGUUUGGUGAGGUGAUGGUGUAUCAGACCAUACACACAAUAGAAUUUUGUCUUGGAUGCAUCUCCAAUACGGCAUCCUAUCUCCGUCUGUGGGCCCUCAGUCUGGCACAUGCUCAGUUGUCUGAGGUACUUUGGGAGAUGCUGAUGAUGAACGGCCUUAAAGUGAAUGGCUACUACGGUAGUAUCAUCCUUUUCUUUGUGUUUGCCGCAUGGGCUGGCCUCACAGUCGGUGUUCUUGUCCUUAUGGAAGGUCUCUCGGCCUUUCUUCACGCUCUUCGCCUUCACUGGGUGGAAUUUCAGAACAAAUUCUAUGAGGGUUCCGGUUACCUCUUUGAACCAUUCUCCUUUGCGAACAUUGAAAAGCUUAGCGUGGAGUGA